AUGUCGCCAGAAAGAGCAACAAGCGAGGCACCCUCCUGGGUCUCGGCCCUCGUAUCGUCGUGCAAGUCCAACGACCCGGACUUCCUCAGCUUCGAACGACAGAAAUCGACGGUCGACGUCGACGGACUGGCACGGCUCCUGUACACCCGAGAAGACGUUGCAGUGCAACAGCGCGUGCUCAGCAUCCUAUCGAAAGACCCCUCCUUCGACAAGAGCGGGGACUACUUCGACGGCCGCAACGAACGGCUCAAGACGUCAGUGGCGCGGGCACGACGCCUCAAUCAACUCUUGCAGAUUCACAACUGGGACGAGAACGAGCUGUACUGGGCUCUUGAGAUGAUCGGCGAGCCGACGGCCUACACGAUCCAUUGGAAAGCGUUUGUGCCGACUCUGCGCGAACAAGGCACGCCAGAGCAGCAGGCGUUGUUCGUCAGCAGGGCUGAGCGAGGAGAGUUUGUCGGCUGCUACGCCCAGACCGAACUGGCCCACGGCUCCAACGUGCGCGGGCUGGAAACGACGGCGACGUGGAACCCCGCCGACCAGACCUUCACGCUGCAUUCCCCGACGCUGACAGCGGCGAAAUGGUGGGCCGGCUCGCUGGGCGUCUGCGCGAACCACGCCAUCGUUAUGGCACAGCUGAUCAUCGACGGGGAAGGCUAUGGUCCGCACCCGUUCGUCUGCCAGAUCAGGGAUCUCGGGACCCACAAACCUCUCGAAGGGGUGUAUGUGGGCGACAUUGGUCCAAAAUUGGGUUAUAAUACCGUGGACAAUGGGUUCCUACUAUUGAAUCAUGUCAAAGUCCCACAUAUUAACAUGCUCGCAAGAUUCUCACGAGUCGAUCCCAAGACAGGCACCUAUAUCCCAGCCCACUCACCCGCCGUGUUCUACAGCACAAUCACAAGGUUACGCGCAGCACUCGUUUCCGAGUCCGCGCGAAACCUCGCUCGAGGAUUGACGAUAGCCGUUCGAUACUGUGCUGUUCGAUGCCAGGGUUCCAGUCCCGGUCCGUCCAACUCGAGCGCACUCCCUUCCGACUUGCAAGUCCUCGACCACCCAAUGGUCCAGUUCCGCCUGAUUCCCCGAAUAGCCGAGUCCUUCGCGCUGGUUUUCGCCGGCCAGGCUAUGACACGACUCUACAACGAGCUGAAGACCGCGCUUGUCGACCCCAAGAAUGCCAGCACCAUCACCGCACGGACCUCGAGGCUCUUCGCAGAAUCUCACGCCACAUCGUGCGGGCUGAAAGCACUUGCAACAUCGGCAGCCGUCGAGGGCCUCGAAGCAUGCCGGCGCGCGUGCGGAGGUCACGGAUACUCCAGCUUCGCCGGCAUAGGCAGCAUUCACGUGAACUGGAUCCCUUCACAAACGUACGAAGGCGACAAUUACGUCUUGAUGCAGCAAACCGCGAACUAUCUUCUGAAAACUGCGAAAUCUCUCCAGACAGGAGAACAUGCCUCGAUAGCGUCCAACAUCUCGUCGGACAACCUCGAGACUUUCCUCGUCAGAAGUCAGAAGAAGAACGAUUCAGCGACAUAUGAUUUGACCCGUGAUGAUGACAUGGUCGCGGCAUUCGGCUGGCGAGCGGCACAUCUGACAUUCGACAUCCUUGGCCGCCGAGAUCACGAGCACCAAUCCAGCAGCGCUCUUCAAGUCGAUUACCCGCGCCUGAGCACGGCACAUUCCCAGUUCCUCGUAGUAACGAGCAUGUAUCGGGGCCUAAAGUCGCCCGAGACGACGUCCACUAUUGGCACUAAUAACACCAACACUCUUCCGGUUUUGUGGAAUCUGUUCCGCCUGUACGCACUGACCAAGAUCGUCGAGGCCGCGCACGAAUUCUACACCUCUGCCGCACUGACCGUGGCACAAGUGGUGCGUGCCCAGCGAGAGACGGUGCCUCGACUUCUGCAGGAUCUUCGACCCCAUGCGGUGCGCUUGGUCGAUGCGUGGAAGGUGCCGGAUUGGACGCUGGACAGCUCGUUGGGCAGGUAUGACGGAAAGGUGUACGAGGAUCUGUUCUACCGGGCCAGCGAAUUGAAUCCGAUCAACCGGUUGGCUAUUGAUCCAAGGCCGACCAGUGUCAUUAACAGCAUGGGCGAGCAUGCAAGUCGACUGGCAAGGUUGUAGGAGGAUGCAAUUGAAAUCGAUGAUCAGGGGAAAUGCCACAACAAGCUUGUCAUCCG